GGUUCCUUGGAUAUUCUUCAAAGUACGGAUGAUGACCCACUCCUGGACACCCAGCCUCUCCCACAGCACUCCUUACAUGCCCACUUUAGACCCAGAUUCUAUCCUCUUCCCACGGUCAUCAUAGCGAAUCUUCUGUUGCUUAUACAUGUUGUAUUUGUUAUUUUAGCAUUUUUAACAGGUGUGCUGUGUUUGUACCCUAAUCCAAAUGAAGACAAGUGCCCAGAAAAGUACACCAACCCACUGAAAGUUCAGACAGUCAUAAUCCUCGGAAAAAUUGUCCUGUGGAUUCUGCAUUUGCUUCUUGAACGCUACAUUCAGUAUCACCACAGCAAAGUCAGAAGCCGAGGCUAUUCCCAGAUCUACCGGUCUACAAGGCAUCUCAAAACACUCGCCCUCAUGAUCCACUCUUCUGUGAGAAUUAGGAGAUUCAAUCGAGCCAAACCUCAGCCUGAUGUACUUGAAGAAGAAAAAAAUUAUGCUCACCCCAGGAAUAUUGCCUCAGAGACCGGCUUCAGGACUAUGUCAAGCCUAGAAGAAAUUGUUGAAAAGCAAGGAGACAUCAUAGCAUACCUAAAGCGGCACAACGCCCUGUUGAGUAAGCGGUUGUUGGACCUGGCCUGUCAGCCAGCCAGGACAUGACAGCUACUGAGUCCACAGUUACUCCAGACUGCCCAUCCACCGGCUUCCUGCUGCGGGAACCACAGCCUUCGCUACAGCCACAUUCACAGUGUGUGCUGGCAACAUGAGCCCCUGGGUGACUAUAGAAGGCUGGAAAACUUGAGAAGGUUUUAUAUAGUUUGAAACAGUUUAAUUUCUUGACUUUUCUGGAAUGCAAGCUAUCGUUUAAGAACCCUGGAAUAAUCUGGCUCUUUGUAAAGCAAGUGUGACUGUGACAGUCUGCUGGCUGUAAACGGGGUUUUGAAACCCAUCUGUUCUUGCCACAGUGAGACUGCUGAGAGGCCUUCUUGUACUCGAUGUUUGCUUCGGAAGAGUCUCACAGGCAUUUGAUAUGGGUGUGGGCUCAUUGGAUGAGAGAAACGGUCAAAUCAUUUGGGUCUUGUUUGUUUGUUUGCUUGUUUGUUUUCCAGUGCUGGGGAUAAACCCAAAUGCCUCACACAUAAUAAGCCAACACUGCCACCGAGUCAGCUUUGAUACAGACUUUCCUUCAGCCAGUCAUGGUGACUCACACCUGUAACCCCAGUGCCCCAAAAGCUGAGGAAGGAGGAUGACCACUAGCUUGAGGCCAGCUCAUUGCCCAGUCCAUAGAAGGAGACCUUGCUCCAGAAACACAGAAGUUUCCUCAUUGUAGGACUGAUCGAAUCAGGGCAUAUGCUGUGCUAGUUCUGAGAAAUAAAAUGCAAACAAUUCCUGGGGCAACGGGAGACUAUGUGGUGAAGUGGUGGCACCUGUUACAUAGUUGACCUUCCAUUGGCAAGUGCUGAGAGAUUUAGAAAUAAUCUGUCACUUUCACUUUAUUUCUGCCCUUCUUCAAGGAGUUGCCAUAUAUUUCUCUGUUCUACUUUAAUAAAUAAGUUUAAUUAGCUGAAGAGCCAAACAUAAUUAUAUAGGGAUAUGAUGGACACACCCUGACAGGCAAGGACUGGUCUUUCCAUCCACAGACUCUUGCUUGUGGACAGUAAAUUCCUGUUUCCUUGGAUACAGCCAUUGCUGGGGCAUUCUAAAAGUUUUCCUCCCCCAAGAUAAAUGUGUACAUGUCUUCUGCUGGUAAUAUGAUUGAGUCUCUAAGAAGUAAUACUGACAUUCAUACAUUGAAGCCACAUUGUACUUAAAGUUUUCAGAGGCUAGAAAGAUGGCUCAGUGGUUCGGUGUGUGUAUGGGAGACAAGAGUUCAGUUCCCAUACCCAGGUUGCCAUUUCUUUUGACUAUGAAAGAAACUGUUGCCUAUCCCAGAUCUGUGGUACCUCUCUUGUGCCAUGCACCCCAAAUCCUUUGUUCAAAUCCUUCUCCUGGGAUAAUCUUGAUAGUUAUUGUUUCUUGAGGCAAGGUCUCAGGUAGCCCAGGCUGGCCUCAAACUCCCUGUGUACCCAAGAAUGACCUUGAACUUCUGACCCUUCUACCUCCACCUCCCAAGUACUGGGAUUACAGGCAUCCCCAUCAUUGGAACAGGAAUGGAGCUCAGUGCUGUGUGCAUGCUACCAUCUGAGCUUCAUCUCCAGACCCUUUACUCUUUGUUUUUUGUUUUUUGGGUUUUUUUUGGUAAAUCUUUAACAUGCUUAUUUUUAAUUUAAUGACUUUAAUACAAUUGUUUAAUUUAGUGCACCUGCACAGAAUAAAAUUGCUUAAAAUAUA